UUCUUUUCAUAUCUUCAUCACCAUAAAAGCUAUUCUUCAACUGUCCCGAAAACCACUUUUGCAGCCUCCAAAUCAGUGGUUUACCGGCACCAAGUUAGCCCAAGAAGCGGAUCUGAAAGUAUAAUACGCUAUAUUAUACUAUAUAUAAUAUAUAUUUUGGCGAGUAUUAAUGCCUUUGUCCAGAUGGGGCUAUCAAGAAACAUAUAUAUAAAGAAAUUAACGUGAGAGAUAUAUAGUAAUUUUGCUGAGGACAAAGUUGGAUUCUCCGAGAUCUUCGUGGGCGUUAUAAUAUAUAUAACUUUUUAUUUUUUUUAAUUUUUUUUCUUUUUGUUUUUGUCUGAUUUUGGUCUGUCUAACGCGGAAUCCAAAUUGUCAACCCUAUAUUUCAGAGAAGCCUUACAAAGACAAAAAAAAUAAAACCAUUGUCAGCUCAGUCUAUAUUUCACUUACAAAGUUCCGUUUAGCUUAAGACAUCUGCAGAGAAUCUAGAGAAAGUACUCAAAAUAUUUUCUUCACUUAGUACCGCUUUUUGUAUAAGAACAGUACGUACAAAAAAAAGUUGCAUAAAAGAGAGAUUUCAGGUACUGAGUGAGAGAGUUUUGGGUCGGAAAAAACUCGUGCGGUAGAAAUAGAUUUUAGGGUUCCUGGGUUUUCAAAUAUGCCCGCCGGGAUUAUGAUUCCUGCGAGAAACAUGCCGUCGAUAGUCGGAAGGAACGGAAACGUUGGUGGGUUCGGGUCAACUUCAGGACUUACUCUUGGUCAGCCAAACAUGAUGGAAGCUGGUCAGCUCCACCACUCAGUACUAGAUCACAUGACACAGAACACCUCCGAGAGCGACAUCGCCCGAAACCUCGGUCGCGAUGAUGACUUCGACAGCGCCACCAAGUCCGGCAGCGAAAACCAUGAGGGCGCCUCCGGCGACGACCAGGAUGGCCAGCAGCGCCCUAAGAAGAAACGCUACCAUCGCCACACUCAGCAUCAGAUUCAAGAAAUGGAAGCGUUCUUCAAGGAGUGUCCGCACCCUGAUGAUAAGCAAAGGAAGGAACUCAGCCGGGAAUUGGGUUUGGAGCCAUUACAAGUUAAAUUUUGGUUCCAAAAUAAGCGCACCCAAAUGAAGACCCAGCACGAGAGGCAUGAAAACACACAGCUCCGAACAGAAAAUGAGAAACUUAGGGCUGACAACAUGAGGUACAGAGAAGCCCUAAGCAACGCCUCUUGCCCAAACUGUGGGGGUCCUACCGCCAUAGGAGAAAUGUCCUUUGACGAACAUCAUUUGAGACUUGAAAAUGCUCGUUUAAGAGAAGAGAUUGAUCGUAUCUCUGCAAUAGCCGCAAAGUACGUGGGCAAGCCAGUAGUGAACUACCCUCUCCUAUCUUCCCCGGUUGCGCCCCGCGGCGGCCCGCUCGAACUCGGUGUUGGAAACUUUGGGCCGCAGGGAGGCAUGGGAGGGGAGAUGUACGGAGCGUCGGGAGACCUACUGAGGCCGAUCAGUGCGCCUUCUGAGGCCGAUAAGCCGAUGAUCAUAGAGCUAGCGGUUGCAGCCAUGGAGGAGCUAAUCAGGAUGGCUCAAAUGGGAGAACCCCUGUGGAUGACGAGCCUCGACGGAGCCAGUGCACUACUCAACGAAGACGAAUACGUUCGCACAUUUCCCCGUGGCAUCGGGCCUAAGCCUGCCGGGUUCAAAUGCGAGGCUUCGCGUGAGACCGCUGUUGUCAUCAUGAAUCACAUUAACCUAGUUGAGAUUCUCAUGGAUGUGAAUCAAUGGUCGACUGUGUUUUCUGGGAUUGUCUCAAGAGCAAUGGCUUUGGAAGUUCUCUCAACUGGUGUUGCUGGAAAUUUCAAUGGAGCCUUGCAAGUGAUGACAGCGGAGUUCCAAGUACCUUCACCGCUGGUUCCAACUCGGGAGAGUUAUUAUGUGAGAUACUGUAAACAGCAUGCGGAUGGGACAUGGGCAGUAGUUGAUGUUUCCUUGGACAACCUUAGACCUAGUCCAGCAGUAAGAUGCCGAAGAAGGCCAUCUGGUUGCCUUAUCCAAGAAAUGCCCAAUGGAUAUUCUAAGGUUACGUGGGUGGAACAUGUAGAAGUGGACGAUAGAGGUGUUCACAAUCUGUACAAGCAGCUAGUUAAUUCUGGUCAUGCAUUUGGUGCAAAACGUUGGGUUGCCACGUUGGAUCGUCAAUGCGAACGCCUAGCCAGUGCCAUGGCAACAAACAUUCCCAACGGAGAUGUUGGUGUGAUAACAAAUCAAGAAGGGAGAAAGAGCAUGUUGAAAUUGGCAGAGAGAAUGGUGAUAAGCUUUUGCGCCGGAGUGAGCGCCUCAACAACUCAUACAUGGACAACCCUCUCAGGAACCGGGGCUGAUGAUGUGCGGGUCAUGACCCGAAAGAGGGUAGACGACCCGGGCAGGCCUCCUGGGAUUGUCCUAAGUGCUGCUACUUCCUUCUGGCUUCCAGUUCCUCCUAAAAGGGUUUUCGAUUUCCUCCGCGAUGAGAACUCCCGCAGCGAGUGGGAUAUUCUUUCCAAUGGCGGAGUUGUGCAAGAAAUGGCUCACAUUGCAAAUGGCCGUGACACAGGAAACUGCGUGUCUCUACUUCGAGUAAAUAGUGCCAAUUCAAGCCAGAGCAACAUGCUGAUAUUGCAAGAGAGUUGCACUGACCCAACAGCCUCUUUCGUAAUCUAUGCUCCGGUCGAUAUCGUUGCUAUGAAUGUGGUGCUAAACGGCGGCGAUCCAGACUAUGUGGCGCUUCUUCCGUCGGGAUUUGCAAUUCUCCCCGACGGAUCGGCGGCUCACGGCGAUGGUAUUGGGGAAGCUGGGUCCGGUGGAUCUCUUCUAACUGUUGCGUUUCAGAUUUUGGUUGAUUCAGUCCCCACAGCAAAGCUUUCUCUUGGAUCAGUGGCAACUGUUAACAAUCUGAUUGCAUGCACUGUCGAGAGGAUCAAGGCUUCUUUGUCAUGCGAGAAUGCAUGAAAAAUGUUAUUUUAUAUUAAUUGACAGAAGAUGAUCGAGUUUUCAGCGAAAGAAAAGGGAAAGCGUAAGGGGGG